GAGCUUCUAAGGUAAAAGAAUAUAAUCUCACCGAGAGUUAGCGUGAACUUCAGUCUUUCACUUAUGUCAAUACUGUGCAGCAGCCUUCGACCCUGAAAAACAAAAGAUCAGGGAUUGUGGAAACUUGACAAAUCAAGAUCCUCAGGAUUUGUAAUUAGCGGUUCUUACAGCACACAAUUCAAAGAGGAGAACUCCCAGCGACCAGACGUCCGUUUUGGGUCCCGAAGGUCGGGGUGUUUCAUCGUGGGAAGGAUCACUUGGGUGGAAGGAGCCCUGAGCAAUCACCUCUGGAGCAAGGUUUGGUGUUCGUUCCUUGAUCAAGAUGUCAAGUCUCAACCCUUUGGCAAUGCUGGAGCAGAGAACAGCUGAGGCUGACAUGCUCAUAGAGUACCUCAAAGAACAUGUCGAGCUGCUCAAGGAAAACGCCACCAUCCAAGCCAACCUCAGAAAGGAGAAGAAACUGUUGGCAGAGAAUGCCAAACUGCAGCAGGACAUUGAUGAACUGAAAAAGCAGCUGCUGGAGAAAGAAAGGAAGAGGGGAGUCCUGGAUGUAUCCAUGCCAUCAGUCCACAGCAGCGUUGAGUGCUCAUCCAAUGCCGCUCCUCCCCAGCCUGCGACUCCGGCACCCUCUACCACCUCUGCUGCUACUGUCCGGAGUCCUCCACCAAGUGACAACAAAAUGAAGCCAGAGAAAAAAGAGAAAAAGCCACAGCCAGCUCCGGCUGCAGGUCAGGACAGCAUCAAGGUGGAUGUGUCUCGCCUGGACCUGCGUGUUGGACGCAUUGUGACGGCAGAGAAACACCCGGAUGCAGACAGUCUCUAUGUGGAGCAGGUGGAUGUUGGAGAGCCUUCGCCCAGGACCGUGGUCAGUGGGCUGGUCAAGCACAUACCUCUGGAGCAGAUGCAGAACCGCAUGGCAAUUCUGCUGUGUAACUUGAAGCCUGCCAAAAUGAGGGGAGUGACAUCCCAAGCCAUGGUCAUGUGUGCCAGCUCUCCAGACAAGGUGGAAAUCCUCGACCCACCAAGUGGUGCCAUACCAGGAGACAAAGUCACUUUCCAGGGCUUCCCAGGUGAACCCGACAAGGAACUGAACCCCAAGAAGAAAGUGUGGGAGCAAAUUCAGCCCGAACUCCGCACGGAUGGCGAGUGUGUGGCGACCUACAAGGGGGCUGCAUUUGAAGUGACGGGCAAGGGUGUGUGCAGAGCCCAAACGAUGAGCAACAGUGGAAUCAAAUAAAGGCGGCGGCAAAACCAUUCUGCUGGUGACAAAUGAAAGUAUAGAACUUUCAAUAAAAAAGUGUUUUCAUCUUCCUAA